AUGUCGAAUUCAACUACCACCCCAACCGCACACGCGCCUUCUGAAGAAUCAAUCAUUAAUGGAAAAUCGAUUCCACAACCAAUGUUGGCUGGAGCCAUUUUUGGAGUGAUCUUUGGAAUUUUCUGCUUGAUUCUUCAUGUUUGUUUGGUUAGAUAUCUUGUCAAAGCUCGUGCAAAGCAUAUUCCAAAGGUUCGAAAAGUGAAAGCUAAGAAGGGAAAGAAGGACAAGAAAUUAAAGAAGAGUAAGAAGAGUGAUGAUACAAGUACUGGUGCAUCUACUGGAUCAUCAAUUGCCAUGUAA